CGAGAAUUGUGUUCUUUACUCAACUCUGAUGAACAUUAUACGGUGUGGUGUGUUCGAAGUUUCAUACCAAUCACAUUACGACGAGAAAAAGUUCAGAAGUGUAGUGUGCGUUGAACCGCGCGGUUGUUAGUUGAUAAUAAAAUUCAAUUCCAUCAGAUUUUGUGUGUUUUUUCUCAUCUUGUUGACAAAAAGUAAUUUCAUUUUUGUGCAAAAGAUAAACCAAUUUACGGAAAUUCAACAAUGGCAUUAUUUCGCAUAACAAUCAAUCGUUUCGUUGAGCCUCAGAAAGCUCUGCCGGCUCUAUCAACAUAUAUCCGUAGCAUCUCCGCCGAUAGUACAUCUCUCAAGGAUGUUAUGGCCAGUAAAAUUCCAGAAGAAAUCGAAAAUGUCAAAGGAUUCCGUAAGAGCCAUGGAAGCACAAAAGUUGGAGAAGUUACCGUUGAUAUGAUGUACGGUGGUAUGCGUGGCAUCAAAGCUUUGGUCACUGAAACAUCCGUCUUGGAUCCAGAUGAGGGAAUCCGUUUCCGUGGUUUGUCCAUUCCGGAAUGCCAGCAAGUAUUGCCCAAGGCCGAUGGUGGUAACGAACCACUGCCAGAGGGUUUGUUCUGGCUUUUGUGUACCGGCGAGGUACCAACAAAGGCUCAAGUGAAAUCCUUGUCAAAGGAAUGGGCAAAUCGUGCUGCUCUUCCGCAACAUGUGGUUAACAUGCUGAAUCAAAUGCCAAACACACUUCAUCCAAUGUCUCAAUUGACGGCUGCUGUUGUUGCCCUGAAUCAUGACAGUCAAUUUGCCAAAGCUUACUCAGAGGGAGUGCAUAAAUCAAAAUACUGGGAAUACGUGUAUGAGGACAGCAUGGAUUUGAUUGCUAAACUACCGGUUAUUGCAGCCACAAUCUACCGUAAUACAUACAAGGGAGGAAAGGGCGUUGGAGCCAUCGACCACAAUCUGGAUUGGUCAGCAAAUUACACAAAAAUGCUUGGAUUCGACAACGCUGAAUUCACAGAAUUGAUGCGUCUCUACUUGACUAUUCACAGUGAUCAUGAAGGUGGCAACGUUUCUGCGCAUACUACACAUUUGGUUGGAUCCGCAUUGAGCGAUCCCUAUCUAUCUUUCGCUGCCGGUAUGGCUGGUUUGGCUGGACCACUUCACGGAUUAGCCAAUCAAGAAGUACUUGUUUGGAUCAUGAAACUGCAAGAAGAAGUUGGAAAGAACGUCACCGAGGACCAAUUGAAGGCUUUCAUUCACAAGACAUUGAAGUCGGGACAGGUUGUACCUGGAUACGGUCAUGCUGUUCUCCGUAAAACUGAUCCACGUUACACUUGCCAACGUGAAUUUGCCCUCAAGCAUUUACCGAACGAUCCAUUAUUCCACUUGGUGUCGACCGUAUACAAAGUUGUGCCACCAAUUCUAACUGACCUUGGCAAAGUAAAGAACCCAUGGCCAAACGUUGAUGCUCACUCUGGUGUAUUGUUGCAAUACUACGGACUGAAGGAGAUGAACUAUUACACCGUCAUGUUUGGUGUAUCGCGUGCAUUGGGCGUUCUAUCGUCGCUCAUCUGGGACCGUGCUCUUGGCUUGCCAAUCGAACGACCAAAAUCGUAUUCAACGCCAGCCCUCAAGAAAUUGGUUAAGGCAUAAGUGUGCUUACGACAGACAGAAACAAAAACAAACCAUUGCUGCAUUAAGACGAGUAAUUAAUUUAUGUAAACAUGAUACGCAUGAUCCCCCUUCUCUGUUCUCCUUCUUCUUCUUUAAAAAAACAAACAUCGAAACCGUUCGGCUGAUUCUUCCAUUUUGAUGGAAAUGUCGACAUUGAUUGGCCCCACAAUUAUUUUUUUCUUCUUCUUCUUUUCGUAGCCAAUUUACUUAAUUAUUAUGCCAAAUGUGAAUCAAUGUACUUCAAGCGUAAUAUAAUUAUGCAUCAGAGAUGCGCCCCAAACGUACAGCAUACCAAAAUGUACAAGUGCAAACUAGAAUAUUCAAUUGAAUAAUAUUAUAGCAAACCGAUUAUAACCAAAAUAAACCAAAAUUAUAAAGGAAAACACACUCAACCAGACAGAAAUUGAAAUUAUUUGAACCCAAAAUCAAAAUGUUUGUAUACAACAACCGGUGUAUAUAAAUUGGAGAUCGUAGAUUUUAGGUAAAAAAAACUUUUUUUUUUUGUAAUUUAUUUUGUUAAUUUUUAAAAGAUUUCGAUUGUGAUGUGCGUGGUACUUUUUGUCUUUUUAGUGCAACACUAAAUUUGCAAAUUGCGUUUUGCUUCUAGCGAUAUUUGCACACAUCCACACUCGCACAUCAUCAAUCAAGUCAAUGAAAAAUAUUGAAAUUUGUCUAAAUCAAAGACAAAAACUUUCAUUUAACCAUUUACAACAAGAAAUGUAAAGAAUUAUUGAAAUUUUUUUGUCAAAUCCAGAUUGUGUUUUGUAGCGUUGAAGCGUUGAGAAUCAUAGGAUUUUAGUGAAGACAAUAAAAAUUGGAUCAACCGAA